UAUAACAGGAGAUGUGUACAAGUGGAGCAUCAUUGAGUGCAGAGCCACAGUGUCGCGCAGUACAGCAGCAUUCGCACACAGCACCAGUACAGCAGCAGGAUGAAGUUCUCCCGAGUGUUUCUGUUCGUGUUCGCGUGCCUGGUCGCUUUGAGCGCCGUCAGCGCCGCGCCGGAACCCAGGUGGAAGGUCUUCAAGAAGAUUGAGAAGAUGGGCCGCAACAUCCGAGACGGUAUCAUCAAGGCUGGACCUGCUGUCGAGGUCCUCGGCUCAGCCAAGGCGCUGGGGAAGUAA